CUCCCCGACGUCAGGGCCGUCAAAUUCAACGUCCACAACCACAAUCGCGAUCACAUCAGUCCGGGCUACUGGUUCGUCACUCCUUACCUUCACAUCGAGCCCAAUGCGCCUUCGAGACUAUAUGAGCAGUACAAGAUUGGCCCCCAUAUCUACGAUGGGGGCGGUCGCUUGAUUUGGAGCGGGGCUCAGGAGUUCGAUAAUCGGAAUGCUUUCGAUUUCAAAGUUGUGAAAAGCUUGUCCUCCGAGCCUCAACUCUCGUUUAUUCUGAAUCAUGUUUCUGAUGGCGCUGUGGAAUCGGGGUACGGCAUGAUCUUGACGAAUGAUUAUAAGGUGCAGCGCAAGUUGCCUCUGCGACGUGAUUUGGGGAUUUUCGAUAUUCACGAAUUCAAGAUUCGUGAGGAUGGUAAAACUGCGCUGGUCACGGUCUACCUUUCUCAUGAAAUCAUCCUGCAAGACUUUGGUCGGCCUGCGGAAACUAUUUGGUUGGAAAGUGGUGGCUUUGCUGAGCUUGAUAUCAACACCGCCGAGAUCAUUUAUUCGCCGGUGGAGGGACACCCAGGUUGGGAUUAUGUGCACAUCAACUCGGUUGAUAAGAACGAGAUUGGUGAUGACUUAAUCUUCGCGCGAUUCACCAUUACCAUCUUUCUAAUUUCCGGCAUCGAUGGGAACAUCAUAUGGCGACUUGGCGGGAAGUAUACCGAUUUCCAACAAGAUUUCGUAUUCUCGAAGCAGCACGAUGCGAAGUUUGUGGAAUCCAAUGGCACGCACCACAUCGUCUCUUUCCUGAACAACGCGUCAGACGAGGAAUUCAACGAGGAGAAUGUAUCUUCGUCUCUCUUCGUCGAGUUGGACACCAGCGUCGUGUCUUUCACUGCCCGCGCCAUUCGCCGCUACAACCGUCUCGACCGCGAACUAUCGAGACUUCUCGGCAACACCCAGCUCCUCCCCAACGACCACCACACUUCUGAAGGAGAGGUUGUGAUGGAAGCCCACUUCACCUCCCCGCGCUACUCUUCCUACCGCGCCUACAAAUUCGAGUUCACAGGGCGCCCAAGCGCACCGCCCGACAUGGUCGCCUCCGUCUACGGCACCGAAGAGACCAACAUGGUAACCAAAUUCUGGGUCAGCUGGAACGGAGCCACGGACGUCGCGGAAUGGCAUUUCUAUGCCCAGGCCUCUGAUUUCCACGCACCCGUCUUCGUCGGCAAGACUCCCCGCGUAGAUUUCGAAACCAUGUUCAUUGGCGCCGGAUACUUGAACUGA